AGGAGAGAUGGGGAGCAGAUGGGUCAAAGAGUCAGAAUCACGGACCGCAGGAGAACGGUAAGAACAGAAUGGGAAAAAAGGCCAAGAGGUCACAACACGUCAAAUCAAACUCGGAUAGGAUGACGAAUAAGAGUUUGGGCAACCAGACAAGUGGAGGAUUACAGGGAGGAGAAAGAGACGAACCAGAAUUAAAAGACACCAUUCCUCAACAAUGCACCGGGGUUUCACACAACAUGCUUCUUGUCCUCACUGUGAUAGGUGUCGUAGCAGGCACAUUGGUGGGCAUGAUGCUGCGAUAUAUUCCUGAUCUUGAUCCAAACAGUCUCGUGUUGGUUUCCUUCCCUGGGGACAUCUUAAUGAGGAUGCUGAAGAUGCUCAUCCUGCCACUUAUCAUCUCUAGCCUCAUCACGGGUCUGGCUGGUUUGGAUGCUCGCUCCAGUGGCAGAAUGGGCACUAGAGCAAUGGUGUACUACAUGUCCACCACAGUAAUCGCUGCUAUUCUGGGUGUCAUCCUGGUCCUUGGGAUUCACCCUGGAAACCCAAAACUCAGGACUAGUCAAGUCAUCUCCACCCCAAGGAACCAAGAGGUCAACAGCCUUGAUGCCUUUCUGGACCUGAUCCGAAACCUUUUCCCAGAGAACCUGGUCCAAGCCUGUUUUCAACAGGUUCAAACGGUGGUGAAAAAAGUCGCUAUCCCAGUUCAGAACCAAACAGAACCAAUUCUUGUCAAUAGUAAAAAACUGGAGCUGAAAUGGGGAAUGAAUGUUUUAGGUUUGAUUGGGUUCUUCAUCGCAUUUGGAGUCUGCAUAGGGAAAAUGGGCGAGAGAGGGAAGGUCAUGUCUGAUUUCUUCAAUAUUCUCAAUGAGAUCAUCAUGAGGAUGGUGUCUAUGAUCAUGUGGUACUCUCCUAUAGGCAUCGCCUCCCUUAUUUGCGGCAAAAUCGCCGCCAUCGGUGACUUGGAGGUGGUGGCCCGGCAGCUGGGCAUGUACAUGGUCACAGUUAUAGUCGGUCUGAUCAUUCACGGCGGGAUCAUUCUGCCACUUAUAUUCUUCGCUGUGACUAGGAAAAACCCCUUCACGUUUUAUUCUGGCAUCUUUCAGGCUUGGAUCACAGCUCUGGGAACAGCCAGCAGUGCUGGAACGUUGCCUGUGACGUUUCGAUGUCUUGAGGAGAAUCUAAAGAUUGACAAGCGUGUGACUCGCUUUGUGCUGCCCAUCGGAGCCACUGUGAACAUGGAUGGUACUGCGCUCUACGAAGCUGUUGCUGCCAUUUUUAUCGCCCAGAUGAAUGACAUCUAUCUUGAUGGAGGACAGAUCAUCACAGUUAGUAUGACGGCGACUUUAGCCAGCGUGGGAGCAGCCAGUAUUCCCAGUGCGGGUCUUGUCACCAUGUUACUUAUCCUGACCGCUGUGGGUCUUCCAACUCAGGACAUUAGCCUGCUCGUCGCUGUUGAUUGGCUGCUCGACCGCAUGCGUACUUCCAUUAACGUGGUGGGCGACUCUUUCGGGGCGGGCAUCGUGGACCACCUAUCUCGUGCAGAGCUUGCCGCCUUUGACAGGGAAAUCCCUCUAUCGGACGAGGACUUCAUUCCUCCUCCACCUCUCCUCUCUGAUAUAGACCUUAUAGACCCUUUCAAACCGCCCGAACUGCCCCCUCGCUCGCCGCGUCCUCCCAAGUUCAACCACCACGCCCCGUCUCUCACCCCCUCGCAAUCUAUGUCGCACUCCAUCCCGCACUCGCCCCGUUCCAUCCGUUCUCCAUCACCUCACUCUAUUCGUUCCCCUUCCCCUCGCUCCGUCUGCUCUCAUUCCCCAAGGCCUUUUCGAACGCACUCUCCACGCCUUUUGAGGAGGGCGGAGCCGGGAUACUGUGUCCUGCCCACUCAUGACAACCAGAUUUCCACACUCCCCCGAGGUUUUCGAAAGCGAGAGAGAGACCGGGAGAGUGACAGGGAGAGAGAGAGACUUCGGGAACGAGGCAGCGAGACGGAGGACGAGGAGGAGAAAGAAAGAAUGAUGGACGAGGGAAGCGGGGGAGAAGAAAGCGACGACACAGCGUACGACAGACGUCACACCAUACCACCCUCCGAUCUGCCCUGAACCUGAACUCAUAGUUCUUCAUUUCAGCACCCAUCUUUCUGGAUGAAAGUUGGCAUUUUGUUUUGUUUGGCACGGACCUUAAGAAUCUAGGUGUGAUGUUCUUUGUUGUGCUUUGAGAUAAGAGAAUGGAGGGUGAACAGCCAUUAAUAUCUCUCUUAGAAUCAGUUUUUCACUAACAGCGCCACAUGUUUGCAACCCAGUUAGAUGAGUUGCUCUUACAGGAUGUGAAUAGGAAACUGGAUGAGUGGCUCGAAUUGUUUAUCGUACUUGCUCUGUCGCUAUCAAAUUGAGUUUACGACUUUCG